AUGGAUAAGGACAACGAACAGGAAGACGACAUGAACAGUGAUUUGAACAGUGACGUGAACAGUGACCUAGGGUUUGACUCGCCGGACCGACCUGCCAGGUUCGUCAACCACUCCGACCGCAGGGUCGGCGCCCGAGGCAAGGCCAGGCUCGGGGGAGGCCCGUUGCCGCACCAAACCGCAGUGCACGAGGGCCGGGGAGGGUGGGAGGCGCGGGGAGGAGGCGGGGGAGGGGGCAGCGGUGUGCUUGGCAGCAGAAGCUGCAGGAAUGAGAGUGAUGCAGAUCUAAGUAUUGGCUUCUCUUCUCCUGGUACUGGUGUUGCUAUGUUAGCAGGGUUUCAGCUGAAGGGUGUUCCUAAGGAGCAGAUUGGGUUAAUCCUGGAGCAGCAGGCAGAGAGAAGGCUUGCUAGGGCUAAGGAUGGUGGUGGGAGUGGCGCUGCUGCUGCUGUUGGUGCUGCUGCUGCAGGUGCAUCUGGUGCUGUGGCUGGUGGUGGUGGCGGUGGUGUGCGGAAGGGGAGGAUGGGUGGAAGCGCUGGGGAAAACGAUAUGCAAGGCAGUCGACCAGGAGGGGGGAUAGGGCCCUUGCAAGGGCACGCAAUAGGUGUAAGCAGCUUGAAGGACCACCACAGAGGGACGUACCCCAGCCUUCGCCCCACAGACUACAUAUUUGAGAAGCCGUAUGAGGAUUUGAGAACGCGGUAUAUUCUGCACAACAAGAAGCUGGGCAGCGGGCAGUACGGGGUGAUCCGGCGGUGUCUGGAGAUCAGCAGCGGCAUGCAGCUGGCGUGUAAGACGGUCAAGAAGGCUGAGAUCAAGUCGCACGAGGAGGCUCAGGAUUUGAGGAAGGAGGUGGCCACUCUCUCCAUGCUGCAGGGCCACCCCUUCAUCGUUCGGCUGCAUGACACAGUAGAAGACAGGAAGCACGUGCACAUGGUGAUGGAGCUGUGUACCGGAGGGGACUUAUUUGAUCGAGUGGCAAAAGACGGCCCCUACAGCGCAGCAGCGGGGGCACGGCUGUGUGCGCAGCUGGUGGCGGCGCUGCUGCACUGCCACCGCCACGGCAUCGUGCACCGCGACGUGAAGCCCGAAAACAUCCUCCUUACAAGCAGGCAGCUUAACAGCGACAUCAAGCUCGUGGACUUUGGAAUUGCUACCUUCUUCCAGGAAGGAGAGAGGUUGAAGGAGCUGAUGGGAACGCCGCAGUACAUGGCACCGGAGCUCAUCCAGGGGGAGUACGGCCCCGAGGUGGACGUGUGGAGCGCCGGAGUUGUCAUGUACAUUGCCAUGUGUGGCGUGCCGCCCUUCUGGGCUUCGUCCAAUCGCUCGCUUGCGGAGGCGAUUCGAGGGAAGGAGGUCAGCUUUAAGAGCGCCAAGUGGGCUGGCGUGCCGGAGGAGUGCAAGGAUUUGAUUGGCCGGAUGCUGGAUAAGGACCCGAAGCGGCGAAUAACGGCUUUAGAGAUACUUGGACAUCCAUGGAUACAUCCGCUUCCCUUCCCCGCCAUGUCGGCCGCCACGAAACUCGGCGAAGUGACGCCGACUUCGCAGGACUUCCCUCUGUAUCUCGACCUGGGCAGUGGACUGACUGCCAAGCUCGACGAACACGACUACGCCGUCCUCGUAGACCAUAGGCUAGAGUUCAACGCCCGUUGCUUGGGAUUCGGCCUCAAGUACGCAUGGAUUCGCGCGGCGCCGGCCAACAUGCGAUUGUGGUCGAUAGGACUCGGCCGGCUUCGGGCGGCGAUGGGCAAGGAAGACCACUCAUGCUUUGCAGCGGUGUUCGACGCCGACGUAGCUGUUAUCCCUCUGCAUUCGAGGUUUUUCCGGGCGGCGGUGCUGGCCGAGCUCGGCCGCGAUGGCCGGCACUGGGAGUGGCCGAAGCCUUCUGCUGAAGAGGUGGCGGCCAGGCUCGCCGACUUCAAUGAACCCGUUCGAGAUAAAAUGCGCGACACCGUCCGGGACGGCGACGCAGGCUCUGGCCUCCUCUCAAUGAGCGCGCUGUGCUGGGUGGUGAAGAGGAUGGAUCGCCUGACCGGCGACGACCGUCGCAGUGCGACCAGCAUGGACAAGGUCCUCGUUUCGGGGUUGAAGGAGCUGCGGAUUCGGAUGAUGACAAACAUCAAGGAACACGUCGCACGCAGACGGUCAGGCCAUGUCGGAGUUGGUGCCGAUGCCUGUGAAGACGACGCCGCGGAGCCCCCUUCGGCAUCCCAAGCAGUCGGUGUCGCCGACACAAGCGGAGAGGCCGGAGACGGCGUCGACAAGGCAGAUGAGGAGGCAGAGAGGGCUGUGGCGAGGACCGCGGAUCAGGAAAAGGAGGAGGAGGAGGAUGACACCGACGAUCAGGAUGAUAACGAGGAGGAUCGUGAGGAGCGUGAGCAGGGGCAUGGGCAGGAGGAGGAGGAGGAGGAGGAGGAGGAGGAGGAGGAGGAGGAGGAGGAGGAGGAGGAGGAGGACGAGGAGGAGGAGGAGGAGGAUGAUGAGGAGGAGGAGGAGGAGGACAAGGAGGCGGCGGCGGCGGAGGCCGUGGAGCAGGGUUUCGGGUCGGUGGAGCAGGUGGCGGAGGGGGAGAAGCAGCAAGAGGGGGAGGAGGAGGUAGAGUUCCCCUGGGUCGAAUUCGAGAUGGAGGAUGUUGAGGGAGCGGCGGAGGUGGCCGUGGAGGGAGCGGCGGCGGCCGUGGAGGGAACGGGCGGGAUGUCGGCGGAUGUUGUGUACGUGCGAGGGGAGGGUGCCGAUGUGGAGAAUGUCGGCGUGGAGGAGGCGCACGUGGUCGGCAAUGUGGUUGGCGACGCGAAGGAGGAGGAUAACGUCGCGUCCCCGACGCCGACGGGCGUGGAGACCACCACAGGGAACGCAGGGGUGGAACGCCGGGGUGGAGCGGUAGAGGCGGGCCGUCAACCGGGUUCCUCAGCAGCUGGUCGGCAGGCAACGCCGGCCGUCGUCGCGCAGCUGCGACAGGAGAACAUGUGGCUGAGGGCUGAAAAUGCUCGUCUCGAGACGGCGCUCGGAGUGGAGAGGGGUCGGGUGGACAGGUUCGCGAUGGGGAUUGGCCACCUCGUGGACAAGCUCAGGUCGUUGGCCGACCAGGUCGCCGCCUCCGACCAGGACGCGUCGAGUCGGCUGAUGGACGCGUCCUUGACCAUGGCGACGACCGUGACGGAGAACAUCACUGCCAACAUGGGUGAAGCAUGGGAGGCGAUGAAGGCGUACGCCGAGAGGGCGGAGAGCUGGUUGGACGAUCUAGAGAAUCCGGAGGGGGUUAUGGCGGUGCAACGUGCGAACACGGUCGUCGCCCUGGGCAACCACGUGGACGAAGCGAGGAAGGGAUUGGAGGAAUACAUAUCGAAGCACCUAGUCGCCGCGCAGACCAACAUCGCCGCCGCCGUAACUCAACGCGUCGCCGUCCCGCCGCCCACGCAGCCCGCCCCACCGCCAGCCUUCCCGGACGAGCUCAUGAAGUCUUUCAAGGCGGACGUGUUGAAGGCGGUGACUGAGGCCACCCAGCAGUCGUUUGCUGCGUCCGGGUUAAACCUCAUGACCCAGGUGAUCGGCCAUCUGGCGCCUGGUCGGCAUGGGUCGUCGCCGUCGGACAACGAGGCCGACAAGAAGGGUGCGAAAAGGGCGGGCGGCGGAGAUGAUGCGUUGAGCUCGAAGCGGAGCAAGGGAGCCGAUGGGAGCCGCGGCGUCGGCCAGGUGGCUCCAGGCGGCUCGCGGAGCAAGGGAGCCGAUGGGAGCGGAGGUACGAGCGUGGUCGACCAGCUGAAGAAGAACGGGGCCAAGGUGAUAAGGACGCACAGCAAGGGCGAUGGAAUCAGGAGUGCGGAGGGGGGCCCUGCCGACCAGGUUGCCGCUCAAGAGGCUGGACCAACAGCCCCGCCAUUGGUCGCCGAGAAGCCGGCCAGUCUAGCGACCGCACCAACGGCGAUAGAUGGCGGCGCCAAAACCGUCAAAGGACCGUCCGUCGGAGUGGCGGGGACCACGUCGAUCCCCCGCAAACCCCCUGCGGCUAGCAGCGCGCCGGUCGCCCCGUCAGCCGCCAACAACGAUGGGCCGUCCCUUGCGGCUACUCCAGCACCAGCAGGCACGUCUGCCGCCAAGGUUGACGCGGUGGAUGCUGCGGCUAACCGCGCUGGUCCGUCCGCCCCAAAGGCGAACGCGCUCAGGGAGAUGCUCAGCCGCAUGGAGACCCAUCGACAGGACGUGCAGCAGCCUCCCGUGGUCGGCACCGCGCCGGCCACAACAGCACGUCGCUCGGUCACUCCCCAGGUCGCCGCCACAACGUCCAGUGCCCCACCUACCGCGCCUAUCAUCGCCGCCCGUCCUCCUGUGGACCCAAAGUCCGCGUUGCUUCGCGCCCAGUUAGGCGUACGUACUGUGGCUGCGCCGGCACGGGCUCAGCCGGUAUCCAGCUCAUGCGCGACGCCGACGUCGGUGACCGUAGCUGCACACACACUCGGUGCGGCUACUAUCGAGGCGGUGCUGGAGAAGGGCGUGAGUGCAGCGCUAGCCACGGGCGGCAGAUCAGUUGACCCUGCACAGGCGGCGAAGGACCACAACGACGCCGAUAUCGCUGCCAUCCAGGACCUGUUGGAAGCGGUAAACCGCCCCAAGCAGCCCCCUGUGCUGGCCAUCUUGGACUCGGCGAGUCCCACCGGCUGUACAGCGGAGCCAAAGACGACCACUGCUGCGGUCGGCGCGGGAAAGUCGAAACGGAAGGGGACGGUCGACGCAGGGAAAGCGAGGCCGAGCUCGAAGAAGAAAACACGGGCGACGUCGGCGAUGGUGAAGUCGGUGCAGAAAGGACAGGGGAUGGCGACGGCGAUGGUGGAGAAGGAGAAGAAGGAGGAGGAGAAGGAGGAGGAGGAGAAGAAGGAGAAGGAGAAGGAGAAGGAGAAGGAGAAGGAGAAGGAGAAGGAGAAGGAGACGGAGAAGGAGAAGGAGAAGGAGACGGAGGAGGAGAAGGAGGAGGAGGAGGAGGAGGAGGAGAAGGAGAAGGAGGAGAAGGAGGAGGAGGAGAAGGUGGAGGAGGCGGAGGAGAAGAAGUUGGAGGAGGAGGAGGCGGCGACGGAGGAGGAGAAGGUGAAGGUGAAAGAACGGAAGGGUCAUGGCAUCCGCCACGACUCGACGGGCGACAAGCAAGGGUGGGUGGGCGAGAUCAAGGUGGUCGGGAACGAGAGCAGAUACAUCGGCAAGUCCCGCGACAAGAUGGAGCUGGCGUACCUUCACUCCAUUGUGUACCUCCUGUACGACGGUUUCGUCAGCAAGAUCCUCAUGGCCGAGCUCACCGGCCUGGAGGAAACAGUGAUGAAGCAGUGGAGGGCGGUGUGGAAGGAAGUCCGGUUCUUGCCGACUGGGAUGUGGACGGUGAUCUGGGCAAGGGGCGCGUUCCUCCCAAGGACAAGGUUCGACGACAUCCUCGGGAAGUAUAGAGCGUACAAGACAUCAGGCGAUGCGCACCACGACGCGCUUUUGCCCGCGAUCUGGUUCCCCGUCGAUGCCGACGGGAAGUCGGAUGCAAUGAUGUCGGCCAUGCUUGAUCGCGUGUCCUUGUGCGCGGCGUAUGGGGAGGUCGCUGCAUCCGCGGCGAGAAUGGAGGGCGACACGGAUCAGAAGACGGCGAAGGUCGCACAGGCGCUGUCGGCCUCAGCUUGCGCACUGUGGUGCUUAGUCGAGGGCGACGGCGCCCAGGUGGCUGAUGCCGUCCGCGAAGGGAAGGCGGCGGCGAUGUUGGUCGGCGCCAGCGAGACUACCGCCGCCGAGUUCAAGAAGGUCAUGACGGCGGUGCUGGAGGCCGCGAUCAGCAGGCAGCAACCCCUUGGGGAGGUUGCGCACAACGUCGCACCGGCGCUGGAGUCCACCGCUCUGGCCAAAGCCUAUCCGGGGUUGGAUGUUGAAGCCGAGGCCAAACUGAUCGCACGAGCGACGGUGGAAACCCUCGCGUUCUGGGGAAUGUGCCCCGUGGAUGGGCCGAAACUCAGGAAGAUCGGCAUCGCGGUGCCGCUUGACGCGCAGAUGGAGUACGACAUCGAACACAGGGGGAGGAAGAGGCCGAGGGGCAAGCAGGGCAAGGAAAGCUCGGGGAAGAAGGGGAAGAAGGGCAGAGCGGGCAAGGACAGCACGGCGGCGUAG